CUAUGUAGGGUGACACACUCGUUAGUUACUUACUUGUGUUCCUCAUUCAUUUCGAAGGCAAAGAGAACACCACAUCAUGUAUCGCGUUCUUCACCGCACCCUCUGUACCGCCACACAACCCGCCGCCACCACCACGGCCGCCGCCGCCACAACCAGCAUCAAGUCACUCUCGCAGGACCUGUACAAGGAAGUGAACUUGAGGAAACUGGUGGACAAGUUCAAGAAAGCUUGCGAUGUUGACCGUUUCCGAACCAAAACCGGCAUCUACGAGGACACGGUUCGCCGCCUCGCCGGCGCCAAACAGUUCCGGGGAGUAAUCGACAUCCUCGAGCAUCAGAAGCAGUAUUCCGACUUCUCCAAAGAAGGGUUCUCUGCGCGCCUCAUCACUCUCUACGGCAAAUCCGGCAUGCCAAAGCGCGCGCGCCAGAUGUUCGACGAAAUGCCUGAGCGAAACUGUACCCGUACAGUGCUAUCUUUCAAUGCCCUUUUGGCUGCUUACCUUCACUCCAAGCAGUACCGUGUCGUUGAGCGCAUUUUCAAGGAGGUUCCUGGUGAGAUUUCUGUGAAACCUGAUUUGGUGUCUUACAAUACUGUUAUUAAGGCGUUCUGUAAGAGUAAGGUGUUCGAAUCCGCGGUUUCGAUGCUUGAGGAGAUGGAGAAGAAUGGUGUGAGCCCUGAUUUGAUCACGUUUAACACUCUGCUUGAUGGGUUGUACGCUGAGGGUCGUUUUGAGGAAGGAGAGAAACUGUGGGGACAAAUGGGUGGGAAGAAUCUUUCUCCUGAUAUCAGGAGUUACAAUGCCAGGUUGUUGGGAUUGGCUGUGGAGAAGAAAACGGGUGAAGCUGUUGAGUUUCUUCAGGAAAUGGAGAAGAAGGAUGUCAAGCCUGAUCUUUUUAGCUUGAAUGCUAUUAUCAAGGGUUUUGUGAAUGAGGGUAAUUUGGACGAAGCGAAGAAGUGGUUUGGCGAAAUAGAGAAAUCUGAGAAUGACCCUGAUAAGAACACUUUUGCAACUCUUGUUCCCUUCCUGUGUGAGAAGGGUGAUUUGAAGACAGCCAUUGAUGUGGUCAAGGAGAUAUUCAACACUAGGUGUCGUGUAGGUGUGCCGUUGCUGCAGCUUGUUGUGGAUAAACUGGUGAGUGAGUCCAUGCUUUCCGAGGCGAAGGAGAUUGUGGAACUAGGGAAAACCAACAGGUACUGUCACUAUAAGCUAGAUUUGCCUACGGAAGAGAAGAGUGAGUAGCUUCUCGUGUCUUUUAGUUAUCUUGCACUUUUGAUGUUGUUGUCAUAAUGAUGGAUAUAGGCAAUUGCCUCCAGGAAUGGAUUUUGUUCGGCAUUCUGCGCUUUGUAACUAACUUAUUGGCUGAAAAUAGCAUUUGCAAUCUCAUUGCACUGGUUCUUUUAGCUGAUUAAA